CGGUGGUUUGAAGGGGAUUUGUCGUUGGUCGUCGGGGUCGGCGGACCCCAGCGGCUGGCUGCAGCUCCGCCCCUGGCGAAAGCUCUUCCCGUGGCAGUUGAAUUCGGGCCGGAGAAGAUGGCACUUAGCGCGGAGCUACUGAAGGCACUGACCGCCGGCGAUGCGGCCCGCUUGAAGCAGCUGUUGAGUGGUGCAGGCCGCCCGCAAGCAGAAGGCCAAGUCACGAUAAACGUCAACGGCGGCGGCGCGUCGCCGGUCGCAGUGUCGCCGUCGCGGGCAGGAGCAAGCCGCCUCCUCGGCGUGACGAGCAACGGGAACACGGCGCUGCACCUUGUCGCCAGCCGCGGCCACGCCGAGCUCGCCGCGCUGGUAUGCGAGAAGGAGCCCUCGCUCGUGGCCGCGCGCAACCGGAGCCUCGACACGGCGCUGCACUGCGCGGCGAAGGCCGGGCACGGGGAGGUUGCUGCCUGCCUCCGGGCACAACAUAAAUACUCCGUCUGGUUCUAA